AUGAGCAGCCUUCAGUAAACUCACUCGCGCUCAUCCUGGAAGCAUGAAGGAGCCGAAUGGGGAGAACGGCAUUAUUGGACAUUGUAGAAAGGAUAACCAGUAACCAGGGGCCAUGUCUUCCGCAAGAAACCCCCUUUUCACCGCCUCUUGCCUCGCUUUGGUGAUUAUUUCCUUAACAGUUGUUGUGAAGAAAUGGCACUUCGGUCUCAGAGGGAAGGCUUCAGGGGCUGACGCUCCAAACGUGGAUUUAACUCGUGACAAACUGCUGCAGCAGCUAAAAGAAAGGCAACAAGAACUGCUUCCCUUCUAUAUAACACCUCCUGGACAGCAGUUAGCCGGAGACUCAGCGCUUUUCUCAAACGUAGAUACCCGAAGGAAUGAAACCCCGGAGGGCUCGACCACUUCGGACAUUGGCUGUAGGGAGUUGCGUGGGAUGACAGUGGUGGAUUUCCUCGGUGCAGGUUACACUAAAACAGUGCUGAAAGUUGUCCUACAGCAAGGAACGGACGUAGCACUGAAAUCUGUGAAUGAGCAGGGCACUGACAUGAUGUCUUGCCUGGAAGAUUUCAGAGACCCCCAGGGCUGUCAAGAGCUCGUGUCUUUCAAACUGAGGAAGGAAGUAGUCCUCCUGCAGAGGCUACAGCACCCCAACAUUGUAAAGCUGAGAGGUCAGUGCCAGGACAGUGGCCUGGUGGGGGGGAUCGUGGCAGUGCUGGAGCAGGGAACCCCAGUGCAGAUGAUUCAGCUCCUGCAGAGCCCCUGGGAAGAGCGCUUUCGGGUUUGUCUUGGCCUGGUGAGGCUUCUUCAUUACCUGUCCCACUCUCCGCUGGGCUCUGUGGCCCUGUUGGACUUCCAGCCCCGUCAGUUUGUCAUGAUGUCUGGCGAGCUAAAGCUGACCGAUCUCGAUGAUGCCAGUGUCAGAGAACCUUCCUGCCGGACGGACUCAGACUGCCUGCUGCAGUUCCCGCUUCGCAACUUUACCGUUGCCUGCUCAGCGAACGGAUUGUGUGAGGGCCUCAACGAGAUGAGGAACCUGUACAAUGCCUACAGAUAUUUCUUCAUCUAUCUGCUGCCUCAUCAGGCCCCGACAACGCUGAAGCCUCUUGUGGAUCAGAUAAUGAACACCACAGGGGAGCUGAAACAUAGUGUUAACGAAACACUGGAGGCCUUUGAAGAGGUUUUGCAUGUAUUCAAGUCUGGGCUGCAUCUGCAGAACAUGCCGCCAUCGAUAAUUAAAGAAUACGCUGUAGUGAAAGAAAUGAGAACUGCUGGGAAUAUGGACUACAGAUGCUGGCCUUCCUACGAGCAGCAGGCGUGUGUGCUGUCUGUACACAAUGCCUUAGAGGCUGCCCACAUCUGCAGCUCUCACCCACAAUGCACCAGCUUCACCCUGAGCAGCCAAAAGACAUGGACAGGACGACUUCUCGCCUCAUUCAGGAGCGGCUUCAGCCAGCUGCUUCCAGAUGUGAGCUCCACAGUCUACAUGAGAAGUGCCAAAGCCUGAGCAGCUACACUUUAAGGGAAAAGAGAGAGAGAGAGAGAGAGAGAGAGAGAGAGAGAGAGAGAGAGAAAGAGAUGAUGGGGGAGGGGAAUGGGGAGAAGUCUGAAGUGAGCGAAUGUGAUGUAUUUAUAGGCAUCUCACUCAAAGGCCGUUUGAUCUGCCUGCCAAUCCUACAUACUGCCAAGAGGUGUUUAAAAGGAUUUCCCUUCAGGUAUAAUUACUCCCUCUACAAGAAAAGAAACACCUAGUCCUCUGUUUUUUCACCCUUCUCUGUUGUGUUUGGAUGGCACAGCUGAAUGAAAGGAUAUUGAGCCUGUUCUAUACUGUCUACAGCAAGCAGAGAGAAAGAAAACAAGCUCUUAUACAGACCUUCUUUGAUGUUCAUAGAGCCAGACGCUCCGCAGCUUUGUGCUAUAUGCUGGUACAUCUUUGGGCGCAGUGUUCCAACAAGUCAGAAAGUACAGAAGCAACAGCUGUAGUUCAAUUAAUGUACCGGCUGUUUUAAGAUGUUCGAUGUCUUACGUGGUUUGUUUUUGCAGUGAUUGACUAGGGCCACAACUAGGCCUGUACCUGGUGAUGAUUAACCCAGCAACUGGUAUCCCAAGUGACACCAAAAACUGUUAUCUCUGGUUUAUACCAAAAACAGUUAUCUUUGGUUUAAAAACCCUUUGUUUAUUUAUUGAUUUUUUUCAUGCAAACACUUUUUUAUAGCAAGACACUAGCAUUUCCAAAUGAAUAUAACUAAACUUUAAAACAUGUUGAAUGAAUUGAUAUUUUGUUUACCCCUUAAAAUUAAAGGAUUAUUAGAUACUAAGGCUUGUUAUUCAGUAACUACUGGGGCUUAAGUGCAAACUGGAUGAGCUAUUUUAAGGUUAUAAAAAUGUGUAAUUAAACUUUGGGUCUGCUGGUGCACCCAGGCCAUUUAAAGGGUUAAUACCACAUGUAUUUCACUUAACAUAGUUGAGAUUGUUCUGUAAAUGGGGCUGUUGAGCUGCACUGGUUGAACAUGCUCUGGGGGAGGUAGAUAUAAUGGCCACAGCAUUGGAGACAAACCUCCCCCCUCCCCCAACACAAAUACAACCUCCCAUCUUCUGCACCCCAUUAUGGUUUAAAAAUUUAAGAUGGUUAUAUUCCUCACAGUUACUCACAUGAGAUGACUCUUGUUACCAAAACAUGCCCACAACUAAUGUUUUCUUCUGUAAAUGAUUUAUCUGUAGGAUGUUAUUUAUCAACUAAUCAAACUGAUUUAUGAUGCAUUGAAAUAAUCAAAGCUGUAUCACCCCCAAAACGUCCUGUAGUGUAUUGCAAUCUGUCAGAAAGAUAAUGUGUGUCAUUCUAGAUAUGAAGGUUAAACAUUAUCAUAGAGCGCUUUUCUUUUUAAGAACAUGACACCUUUUUACAUAAUCAAUGUUCAAUCUACCAUUCCUGUUUCCAUCCAAUGGAUGAGAUGCUGUUGUUGUUCUUUCAGAGAAAGAGUUUGACAAUGUCUGUUGAGAUGUAGUAUGUUGUCUUUUUUGUGAUGCAAGGCGUAAAUAAAAAGCAUUUUUUGUUUCGUA